AUGCAGUUUGUGGAGAAGUUCCAGCCAGGCUCCCGGGAUGAUGCUCCCGAGUGCUCCCCGCAGGGCCACCGCGUCCUCCGCAAUCCCAACCGCAGCACCAGGUUUGACUCGCUGGAGCUGCAGCGAACGGCCACCCAGGACCUGGUUUGUGACCACUCCCUGCCACCAGCAUGGUACCGCUUCAUGAUCCACAACAAGCCUGCAGAAAUGCCCACCAGAUGUGUUGAAAUGAAUAAAUGUGGGACACAAGCUCCGGUGUGGCUGUCUCUGAAGUCUGAAUCCCUGCCAGUUCCUGGUGAGAGCAAGAGGCUGACAGCCUGUGCCACCUGGCAGGUCUUCUUCGGGGGCACCAGGGACUGCUGCUUGUUUCGGAUACCCAUUGCCGUCAGGAACUGUGGAGAGUUCUUUGUGUAUCUCCUGCAGCCUACUCAAGGAUGCAUGGGCUACUGUGCUGAAGACAAACUUACAAGUCUGGCUUUGCAACCAGUGAUAACUCCCGAGCUUGUGCAAGGUCGUGUCCACCUGAAGUGCGCCUACAGCCUCCCCUCCAUGAAGCCAGCACUGCAGUUUGCUGUGGUCUGGUCACGCCUGUCCACCCCUGGCCAGAGAGAGCAGAUCCAGCAGGACAUGACCCUGCAGCCAUUUUCCUACGUUGAGAUGAACGGUGUAGAUCUCAAACUGGGAGACACGGUCUUUUGCACUGUCACUGCUUUUACGAGGGACACUCCUGAGCAGCACUGGCUGCCUGAAGAGAGCAAAGGUUUCUAUGCUGGGAUUAAGUUUUUGCCAGAAUCAUUACAAAUUGCAGAGGAUGGCAAAGAGCAUGUUUUGACUGUUCUCAGCACUGUACCCAUUGUCUGUCCUGGGCAUGAUGAUUCCUGUAAAAUUACUUUACAGCUAAGUACUGAGGAUUUGGAUAGCCACUUACCAGGGCCCCCAGACAUUGCCCUCUCAACGUGCCAUGUGGAGCUGCUGAGGGGGCCCUGCUCGGAGAGCAGCUGCGCGGCAGCCGUGCUGACGGUGACGGCGGUGACAGACUUUGCUCAGGACGGGACCCGCGUCAGCAGCAUCACAGCUGAGCCAGUUGGACAGAGGGAUUUGCUUUGGAGGGAUUACACACCCAAGGAUGUGAAGGUCACAGUUCAAGACCUCCCAACAGGGAACUGCUACUCUUUCACUGAUCCACACAUUAUCACAUUUGAUGGAUGGCGCUACGAUAACUACAAAAUCGGCACCUUCCUACUGUGCCAGAGCGCAGCGCGGCCCUUCGAAGUGCACGUUCGGCAAUGGGACUGCGGCGGCCACCGCGCCUGCAACUGCGGCCUGGCUGCACGGGAAGGGGGGGACACGGUGCUGCUGGACACCUGCCACGGUCACCUUCAGGAGAGCAGACCCCAGCUGGCCAUCAAAAGCACGGAGGCAUCGCCACAGGUCAAAAUCCUCAAGUCCUACGGAGGAAGAAAAAUAACAAUCCUGUUCCCGUCGGGAGCGUUUGUCCGGGCCGACCUGAGCGCGCGGGGAAUGGGUGUGACCGUGAGGACCCCGGGCAGCGACUUCAACAGCACCAGAGGUUUGUGCGGCCUCUUUGACGGGAUCGGUCACAACGACCUGAGCAAUGUGCCCGAGGAAGACUUCAUAGAGGAGUGGAGAUUACCUCCAGGGACGAGUUUAUUUGACAAGACUCCACCACCUUCCGAAGGGAAGCAAAUGAAAAAUUACUGCAGAUGUCAGAAGGAAAGCAAUAGGUCUGUGCCUAUGAUGAACAUGCCAAAUGCCUUUCAGACUCCUUUCCCUCAAUCUUCUGGAUGCCAUUAUGAUCAGGUGGAUUUUACCUCUGCAAUCCCAUAUCUAGAUGUUACCUCAGAGUUUGUCACUCACUCAGAAACAGAGACUAGAAGAAAAGAUGGGAAACUGUCAGCCAAGGUGUUUCAUCAGAGACAUCUGCAUAAAUCAGUCCAAAAACGAGGUAGUCCUGAGGACCGAUUAAAACCCCUCACAGACAAUGUUUCCAUGAAAAACAACAGUUCUAUUAACUCUACCAAACCAAGAGAAGAUUUAAAGAGGGCAAAAAGGCAAGGAGACUAUUAUGAAUAUUCAUCCUUUCACCUAUUGCAUGGGUCAAGCCAGAGAGAUUCUGAGAGCUUUGCCUAUUUUUUCCCAGAGGAUUACUUUGAAGGGAUUCGGACAAAACUUCCACUGUCAUGGCCCACUCCCAAUGGUCUAACUGCCACCAAAGCUCAGGAGAUCUGCCACCAAAUUCUUGCAAACUCCAGUAUUGGCUUAGCGUGCAAAGGUCUCCUUGGAAAGCAGAUGGAUGAGGCAAUUGAUAUAUGCCUUUUAGAUCUGCAGCUCAAAGAAGACGUGGCUUGGGUGAAGGCACUGGUAGCCCUUUUGGAAAAUGAAUGUGAAAGAAGAGUGCUAGGAGAGAGAAACAGAGUGUUCCAUGUGGGAAACCAGCCAUUUGCUACCCAGGAGGAAAUCCUCACCGUUCUCCGGUGUCCUGCUUUCUGUCACAGCAAUGGACAAUGUACUGAACUGGGCUGCCAGUGCUUUGAAGACCACAGCUCCUAUGAUUGUAGCAUUGCCAAAAAGCAAGCUUUGGAAAUCACCAGCCUAGAGAACGGGGGUCUCUGCGACGUCCGAGCUUCCGACUGCACCAGGAUCAGGGUGUUUGGCCUUGGCUUCAAAGAGUCACCCAACCUGCACUGUGAGGUCACCAGGUUAAUUCAUCUCAAUGGUGAAUGGAUACCAAGAGAACAAGAAACCACAAAAGCAGAUUUUCUCAGCUCUGAGGCUGUUGACUGCCAGAUUCCUCUCCUGAACAUCACAGAGCCAGAGGCUGUGCACGUUGUGGCCGGUGAUGAGCCCUUUGCAAGAUGGCAAGUGAAAAUCACUAACGAUGGCUUCCAGUACAGCAAUUCCAGAGUGCUGACCCUGUACGACGCUGCCUGCCAGGCCUGCCAAUUCCAUCCAGCCGGACUUUGUAAAUUAAAGGCCCCCUCCAGGCAGCUGCUGACAUUUAUUGGUGAGAAUUUUGUUUACCAGUUAAUAGCAGUGGAUCCAGAAGGGUCAGCUGUGCUAUUCAUCUUAGAGGCUGGGCCACAGGAUGCCAGGCUUUCUCCUGCUGGCCUUCUUAUCUGGAAAGUUGAUUCAGAAGAAAUGCAAACCUUUGAAUUCACUGUGUCAGAUGAAUGCAAUGCACAGAGCAGAUACUCUAUUGAGGUUGGAGUGAAGCCCUGCAGCUGCCUCAAUGGUGGGACAUGUGUUACCAAUAUUAAAUUCCCUCCAGGCCUUGGUGAAUACCUGUGCUUAUGUCCAAACGCAUUUGAUGGAGACUUUUGCCAGGAAGAUACUAAUGACUGCAAAUCCAACCCCUGUGGCAGCGGAACAUGCGUGGAGAGUGUGGAUGGCUACUUUUGUAAAUGUCCUCCUGGUCUGGGAGCUGUGCUUGCUGCUGACACUACAAAAGCUCUCAGCAUUGAAAAAGGCAAUGUCAAAGGUGAUUUGAGCAAGGCAGAGGGCCAUGAAGCAGCACUGUCACACAUCACCACCUGUGCCAACAGGCCCUGUUUUCCUGGAGUGUUCUGCUUUGACCGGAAACCCCCUUACGUUGGAUACGUGUGUGGCCGAUGCCCAGCAGGGCUUUUUGGCAACGGCCGGAUCUGUACCAGAGUCCUCAGACCAGGCAUCUGUUCUCCAAGGUCACCUGGGAAGAUGAUGAUAAACAAACUGUCAUGUAAGGAUAACUAUACCAACAACUAA